GCGUCGAUUAUUUGUUCUUUAACAUAUAAUUCUCUGUAAUUUAGUAUACAUUUUACCAUCCUAAAAUCCCAUUUGAUUUUUGUAGUAUGAUUUUAGUAUCAUGUGAUAUGAAAUUUAGUGGGUUUGGGGAAGUUUAACGCUAAAUGUUGAUAUCUAGAUCAGAAAGAAACAUUAGUGAGGAACUUGGGGACAGUAUUUUUUCGGCACUUGUUGUUUGUAAUAGUUAGUCUAAGAUGGAGUGAUGUAGUAUGUGUUGUAGUUCUUUGCUACAAUUUUGCUCACAUUUGCGCAGAAAGAGCGUUGAAUGAUGAGAAAUAAUGUUUGUAAUGCUGAGAGUAAACCAAUGUAACUUCAUUGUUAUUUGGCUAUUGGGGUUGCUUGUUGCCGGAAUUCAAAUUUUAAGGGGUAGAGCCGUAGAGUUGUGGACAUCUUAAACAUAUGAGAUUAAUGUUGGUUUGUUGUGUGAUUGUUGUUGUUGUUGUUGUUGUCUUUCUCGUCGAUUAUAUGUUUUGUUUGAUUCAAGUUAUUGAGGGCAGUCAAGCAGGAGUUGUGGAAACUUUAAACUGUUGAGACCCUGAUUGCAAUGGCAUCCUUGCUGGGUUGUUGUGAUUUUCGCCUCUAUAUUUUUUCUUUUAAUUCAAGUUCUUGGAGUACAGUAGUGUGGAUAAAACUUUUGAGACCCUGCUUGCAAUGGGAUCUUUUCUGUAUUCUUGUGAUUUUCGCCUCUAUUUUUUUUUUCAAUUCAAGUUCUUGGAGUACAAUAGUGUGGAUAAAACUUUUGAGACCCUGCUUGCAAUGGGAUUUAUGCUGGGUUGUAGUGAUUGUUGUUUUCUUGUCCUUGUUCGGCGUUAAAUUGUGUUGUAUGUCAUAUUUAGUUGCUCUUUUGUUGCAGUUUAUCUAUGGGCUAUAUAAUACAUCACAAUUUCUUCCCUUACUACGUUGUUUUUCUUAUCAUGUGGUAAAGGGAUCCAGAGGUUUUUCUCACUGACCAUUACCAAUAACUAUAGGAGGAUAUAUUGCUGAUAGACAAGGCUUUUUCUGUGGAUUGCGAUGUGAUGGUGAUUAAUCCACAUAGACUGUGUUCAACCCCACUCAGCUGCCCAAGAUGUUGUUUAUUUGGCUGAUUGGCAUCUAUGGACGGAUCAGCUUCAAACGUUCCAGAUAGAACUGGAAGAUCAUUUCCUUCACCUUAUUCUGUUCAGUCUGGUGCUGACUCCCUUGGUUUUCAUCACACUGGAACACCUCAAGGGCUUCACAACAUGCAGGGUAGCUACAAUGUCCCGAACAUGUCUGGUACACAUCUGCCAAGAAAUUCAACAAUAAAUGUUGUACCUUCAGGUAGUAUGCAACAAUCUACUGGAAACUUCCUUACUGGACGGGUUGGAUCUAAUAAUAUACCUUCUGUUUUUUCUCAGAUUUCUCAUGGUAGCUCACAUGGGCAUUCUGGAGUUACUAAUAGAGAAGGUAUAAAUCAUAUCAGAAGCCCUGCAUACAAUAGCAGCACAAUCGCUGCUGGUGCUUCAAUUCCUGUGGUUCUUCCAACAUAUGGUUCCAUUGGUAACCGGGGUGCUGUUUCAGGCAUUGGGGUAUCACCUCUUUUGGGAAAUGCAGGUUCUCAAAUCACAACUUCAAUGGGAAAUGCAGGUUCUCAAAUCACAACUUCAAUGGGAAAUGUGGCCGGCUCUGGUUCUGGCUACAUUGGUCGGAGUUCUGGUGGGACUUUAUCUAUGCAUGGUCUUGCUUCUCUUGUAAAUGUGAGUUCCAAUAGCGGCUAUGGAAGUUUAGGUUUGCAAGGAUCAAAUAGAGUAAUGAGUAGUGGGCUUCAACAACAAGCAUCUCCACAUGUAAUCUCCAUGCGUGGAAACUCUUAUGCUUCUGGUGGAGGCCCUUUAUCCCAAGGCCAUGUCCAAGCUGUUAACAAUCUGAGCUCAAUGGCAACACUGGAUGAUGUGAACUCGAACAAUAACUCACCUUCUGACGUGGAUAAUUCUUCUGUAGGGGCUCGGGGACAAAUAGGUUCAAUGGGAAAACAAGCUAUUGGUGUCCCCACAAGUCAACAGAACAAUGAAUUCAAAAUCCAGGACGAAGAUUUUCCUGCUUUACCAGGACACAAAGGCGGUGGGGCAUACGCAUCGCCUCGCCCUCAUCAACAACAGCAACAGCAACAGCAACAGCAACCACAGCAUAUGCCAUCAGUCAGUGGUAGCAAUGACCCAUAUAGUUUGUCGGCUUUGUUCAAACGCGCUAAGUCGAAAGAUCCUGAUGUGCUUGCUACGGGAAUUGACCUGACAUCACUGGGUUUGAAUGUAAACUCUUCUGAACCCCUUCACAAAACGUUUGGUUCCCCCUUUUCUGACAAACCUGUGGAGCCAGAUCCUGAGUUCGUUACACCUGAAAGUUACUGUUUGGAAUCGACUCUAUCUGUAAACCAUAAGAACGUCACGAAGUUUAGGAAGGAGGUUUUGUUCUACAUAUUCUACAGUAUGCCAAAGGAUGAAGCUCAGUUAUAUGCAGCGAAUGAACUUUGCAGAAGAGGAUGGCACUAUCAUAAAGACCUCAAAUUAUGGAUCUUGAGGUUUCCCACUAUGGAGCCUCUUGUCAAGAAUCAGGUUUACGAGAUAGGAUGUUACCUCUUAUUCGAUCCAAUUGAAUGGGAAACUAGGACAGAGGAUAAGUUUGUACUCAAAUACGACUUAAUAGAGAAAAGACCGACCCUUCCUCAACACUAACUAUACUAGUUGAAUGUAAAUUCUCCUGACUAUACUUGAUUAGCACAGUCGUCAGUCGUUAGUCGUAAGAAGAUGAGAUAGUUUUACACUUUACAGAUACAAAAGAAUCUCGUAUUCAAUCAAUUCAAACUAUACUUGAGUUUAGCUUCUACAAAUACUACAAUGUUCAGAUUGUAAUUGAAUCCAAGAGUUUAGCUUAUCACACCUUUUCGCUUGGUUCAAGUGAUUUUCAAGUAUUUCUUGCUGUAAUUUGUAGAUAACAGAAUUGUUUAUAGAAGAAAUGCAGGUUUGUCCAA